GCGGGACGAAAAGCCGGUCCCCGCUCGUUAGUCCCAGCCUUGCUCCCUCGCCCCACGGCAUGGACUGCGGCGUGAUCACCUCCAAGACCGUGCUGCUGCUGCUGAGCCUCGCUUUUUGGGCAGCAGCAGCCGGUCUCAGCUAUGUUGGGGCAUAUGUCAUUAACACCUACAAGAGCUACGACAACUUUCUGCAGGACAAGUAUGCUCUUUUGCCAGCCGUGAUCAUUAUUUGUGUCGCUGUGGUAAUGUUCAUCAUUGGGUUGAUUGGCUGCUGUGCCACCUUCCGGGAGUCUCGAGUUGGUCUGGGGCUGUUCUUGGCCAUUAUCCUGAUUAUCUUUAUUGCAGAAGUAUCUGCUUUUGUCCUGGGAUUUGUUUACAGGGAAAAGGUAAAAACUGAUGUGCAAGGUACAAUGCGCUCGGUGUUUGAGAAGUAUGAUGGGAAGAAUCCAGAGUCUAGAGUUGUGGAUUACUUGCAAGAACAGCUUCACUGUUGUGGGGUAAAGAACUACAGUGACUGGACAACCACACAGUGGUUUAACUCCACCGGUAACAACAGCGUCCCUCUGAGCUGCUGCAGGCAAGACACAAAGAACUGCACAGGGCGUCUGGAUCAGCCACAGGAGCUCAACAGACUGGGCUGUGCAGAGGAGCUGGAGUCUGGGCUGCAGAGUGUUAUUAGCUACGCCAUGCUUGUCAUUCUGGGGUUUGCCAUUGUAAAGUUCUUUGGCAUGCUGAGUGUCUGCGUGCUUACUUGCAAGAGAGAAGACAGUGGAUAUCAGCCUCUUUACUCAGGGGUGUUUGCUUAACAAAAUCACAAAGAUCAAUUUUCUUUUUUUUUUUUUUUCUUCCCGAUGAUAAAAUAGACUUG